AUGGGAGAAGUGGAUCCUGCUUUCGUCCAAUCCCUUGAACACCAGCCUAAACUCGACAUAAUUGAAGCCGAAGGCAUCCCAUUAAUCGAUCUUUCCCCUCUAAUCAAUUCGUCUGAUAAUGAUUCAUCCUUGGCUAGUUUAGUGGCUGAAGUAGGAGAUGCAUGCAAGAACUGGGGGUUUUUCCAGGUGAUCAAUCACGGGGUGCCAUUGAAGUACCGUGAAAAGAUCGAAUCAGCAGAGAGGAGAUUCUUUGCUUUGUCGAAAGAGGAGAAGAAGAAGGUGAGUAGAGGAGAAGCAAAUCCUUUGGGAUAUUAUGAUACUGAGCUUACUAAAAAUGUCAGGGACUGGAAAGAAGUUUUCGAUUUUACCGUAAUGAAUCCAACAAUUGUACCAGCUUCUCAUGUACCUGAGGAUAGGGAGCUUAGAGAGUGGGUUAAUCAGUGGCCUCAAUAUCCUCCAGAAUUAAGGGAGGCUUGUGAAGAGUAUGCAGCAGAGAUGGAAAAACUAACUUACAAAUUACUAGAACUCAUUGCCUUGAGCUUAGGCUUGCCAAAAACUCGACUGAAUGGCUUCUUCAAGGAGCAUACUAGCUUUAUCAGGCUCAAUCACUAUCCGGUAUGUCCCGUCCCUCAACUAGUACUGGGUGUUGGUCGACACAAGGAUGCCGGUGCCUUGACCAUUCUUGCUCAAGAUGAUGUUGGAGGACUUGAAGUGAAGAGGAAAACAGAUGGAGAGUGGGUAUUUGUCAAACCUACUCCCAAUGCUUAUAUCAUCAACGUUGGUGAUAUUAUCCAGGUAUGGAGCAACGAUAAGUACGAAAGUGUGGAACACAGAGUGAUGGUGAAUUCUGAGAAGGAAAGAUUUUCGAUUCCAUUCUUCUUGAAUCCUGCACAUUUCACUUGGGUCGAACCUCUGGAAGAGCUGACAAACAAAGAAAACCCCAAAUACAAGGCCUAUAAUUGGGGAAAGUUUUUUGUCACCAGAAAGCGCACUAAUACACGAUUCAGUGAACCUAAUUUCCACUGUUAUCUUAGAAAAGAAACUAUCAAAGUAUCUUCAAACAAUUCAACCCUGAGAGAAGACAAUCCUGCCUUCAUCCUAGCCCUUGAACACCAGCCUGAACUUGACGUUACUGAAGCCAAAGGCAUCCCAUUGAUCGAUCUUUCUCCAUUGAAUAUCGCUGAUACUGAUGCUGAGUUUUCCAAAUUUAGUGGCUGA